CUUGCUUUCAGUCGUGCUGCGUACGUCCUGUGGUGUACACGGAUUUUCAGACGGUUUAACUUAAAAUGGCGGGAACAUUACGAUAACGCAAUAACUUUUUGCCGUUACUUAAACUUAUUCAUAGAGUAAUUUUCAUUAGUGAAACAAUAAACUACUGUACUUUUGUUAUUAUUUUGGCAGUUCAUUCCAUAAUAGUGUUACAACUUAUAAACUUCAUGUAAUCAUCGACUAGCCUCUUCAAAUGAGGUACAAAAAUGAAACAACACAAUAAUAUGUGUUGAUUACGUCACAAACAACGAUACGACAAAUAAGCAUCUACAAUGAAAAAGUUAAAAAAGGAGGACUGUGCCGUUGUUAAGAAAUCAUAGACAAUUUCCAAUGUCGAAGCCGAAGGAUAUGCCAUAGACGAUGUACAACCUUCUUGGUGCGGUAACAGCGUCGGUUAUACUGCAGAUAUUACUUUCUUGUACAGCUGUGAGCGGCGUCAGCUGGGAGGAAUGGUGGACCUACGACGGCAUUUCAGGGCCGGCGUUCUGGGGGCUGAUCAACCCCGAGUGGUCGCUAUGCAACAAGGGGCGGCGGCAGUCCCCCGUCAACUUGGAGCCAGAGAAACUACUGUUCGAUCCAAACCUACGAUUUUUGCACAUAGAUAAGCAUAGAAUAAAUGGUCUAAUAAGUAACACCGGUCACUCAGUAAUCUUCACAGUGGAGAACGAGACCCGCCACCACAUCAACAUAACGGGGGGCCCUCUCUCAUACAAGUACCAGUUCCAUGAGAUCCACAUACACUAUGGGCUUCACGAUCAGUUCGGAUCGGAGCACGCCAUCAAUGGCUACUCAUUCCCUGCUGAGAUUCAAAUAUUCGGUUUCAAUUCACAACUAUAUUCAAACUUCUCAGAAGCUCUUCACAAAGCUCAAGGAAUCGUCUCAAUUUCUUUACUGCUACAACUUGGAGAUUUAUCAAAUCCCGAGCUCAGGAUAUUAACGGAGGAGUUAGAAAAUAUAAAAUACGGAGGAGCGGAGAUGCCAGUAAACCGGCUGUCGGUGCGAGGCCUGCUGCCAGACACCGACUACUACAUGACGUACGACGGCUCGACCACCGCGCCCGCCUGCUACGAGACAGUCACGUGGAUUAUUGUCAACAAGCCCAUUUAUAUCACUAAACAACAGUUGCACGCCCUAAGGCGCCUGAUGCAGGGAGAUGCGCGGCACCCGAAGGCUCCACUCGGGAACAACUUCCGACCUCCACAGCCUCUGCACCACCGCGCUGUGCGGACUAACAUUGACUUUGACUUGAGCAAGUAUCCAGGCAAAACUUGCCCCAGCAUGCAUCGGGAUAUGCAUUAUAAAGCUAAAACCUGGACUCAAUAUUGAGCAGCUAUGAUUGAACUUCGGCAGGCAUCGGCAUUCUUAAUUUAACACUCCGUAUUAGCAGUUAUUAUAUUUUAGACGUAUAAGUAUUUUGUAAAUAUCUUUUGUACAGUCUUGUUAAUAGUGUAUUGCUUAACCGGUGAACAGAAAAUGUAUUUGUAAGUAGGCUAAUGUAAUUUAAAAACAUUUAUAACCAAAUUGUUCUAGAGCUGAACUAUCUAUAUAAACGGUAGGCUUAGAUAACUCUUUGAUAUAUUAUAAAUAUAUUCUAAUAAAAUGUUACUGUUAGUUAUAUCUUAGGACAAAUAUUUUCGGAUAGAUUAUUCAAACUGUGUCACGCUGUCAAUCAGUUAUUAGUACCUUAUAGGGUUAGCUUAGAAAUAAAUAAAUUAUUGAAAUGUAUUUAAACGGUUAUGUAUCCUUUACGAACAUAGCACGCAUUGAAUAGAAAGCUAAUUUAGUAUUAGUUAAUAACGGUCAUAUCACCUAACAUAUAUGGCAAUUUGACGAUUUGUUAUCAUGUCAUUGUUAAAAUAUGUAAUCGUAAACGGAUUAAUAUACCAUGUACUUAGAAUAAUAUUGAUUUAAUAAAAUUAUUGACCCAUACGUAACCGAUACAUAGAAGAUUGAAAUUAAAUCAUAUCAUUAUAAACGAACGAAAUUAAAAUGUAUGUAAAAUGGGUUUGAAAAUUUAUUAAAUAAAUUUAUUUACAUACUUAUAGUAUUGCUGUGAAGCAUAAUUACAGCUUUAAUAACGUAUUUAGAGAUUAAUAUGUAAAAUUUAACGUCAUAGCCAAUAUUUAUAACUUUAAUUUUGCUUCUGAGAAUGUAGAUAUCUAUGUUUUAUUUAAUUAAAUUGUACUUC